AGGAGAUGCUCACCACUCGCUGCCACCCAGAGCCUGACUGAUUCUGCAGGAAGGACACACUGUCUCUUCCGAAAGGUGACGGAGCCGAAGAAAACAGACUGAAAGACAGGACAACCCAAGACAUCGUGAGAAAGGGGAAGGGAGAGACGAGGCAGCCAUAAUGGGCACACCCCUGAGGAGGAAAGCCCCGGCUUCUGAGAUGGCUGAAGCUGAACUUCAUAAGGAGAGGCUCCAGGCCCUGGCGGAGAAACGAAAAAGACAAACCGAGAUUGAGGAUAAAAGAAGACAGUUAGAUGAUCUUGUUCUGCAACUUCAACAUCUUAAGUCCAAAGCCAUGAGGGAGAGGUGGCUUCUACAAGGUACCCCAACAGGGGCUGAAGAGGAAGACGAGGGACGCAGGAAACAGGUUGAGCAGGAUGAGCUACAUGCCAAGAAACUAGAAGACUCCAUUCAGAGACUGGAAUCUGAAAUCAUUCUCCUUGAGAAUGAAGAAUCGCAAAUAUCAGCCAAAGAACAAGUGCUCCGAGAGAGACUUCGGGAAACAGAAAGCUCUAUUGAAGACCUACAGAAAAGUCUGCAGAACCAAGACGGAGAUGCAGUCAAUCCCACCUGUUCCCAGAUCCCCAAGCUUACAGGGUUGAACGCCCAAACUCUUUCCUCUGCCUCGGGAGAUCGCCAACACUCAAGAAAACCUGCUUUAUACGCCAUGGAGAUCAGCGUGGAAAAGGACCACAAGACGGGCGACACCAAGAUCUUGUCCACUUCACGUGUCAACCCUGAGGAUGCCUACCAGCGGGGCGUCAAAGUCUAUGACGAUGGACGUAAGGUGAUCUACGAGGUGCAUUCUGGGAGUUCCACUACAGUGGAGAACGGUGUGCACCCUUGGAGCUCAGACGAGGUGGAGGAACUGAUACAGCGUGUAGGUCAUGCGCGCCACAGACCCGAUGGCACACGUGUCAAAAUCACACCAGAUGAGCAUGAGAUCAUGCAAAACAUCAUGACUUCAGAUCUAAAGGUGGUACAAGAGCAGCACAGUCAUGAUGGUGAAAUGAAGAUAGAACAACGGCUCCAAGGUCACAGGGAAGAUCCACAAGCAUGUGAAAGCCUCGAGGGUGAGGUGAUGGAGGCACCCGAGGCCACAGCUGACAAGCCCGUCACUAUGAUUUUCAUGGGAUACCACAGUGUGGAUGAUGACGAGGAGACGAAGAAGCUGCUGGGCUUCGAUGGCACCAUCAAAGCCGAGAUUGUCCUGAUCGACGAGGAUGAUGAGAAGUCUUUGCGUGAGAAGACUGUCACAGACGUCUCCACCGUGGACGGUAAUGCCGCUGACCUUGUCUCCGGGCGGCCAGUGUCUGAGGCCACCGAACUCUCUUCCGAGGGCCAAGAUGAAAGUUCAUCCAAGGAGCCACCGGCCACAGGAAGUGAGAAAGCUCGCUGUGUAUUGCUGACAGCAAAGAAUGGCCUUUUCCCAGGAGAUGCUGCGAGAUCAUCAUACACCUCACCGAAAUCCUGCCAGCUCUCAGAGGAUGACACUGAACUAAAGAUCAGAAGGACCUCAGAGAAGAGCCUGAAGAGUGUCAGUUUCUUAGACCCUGUCAGUGUUAUAAGUGAAGGCAAGAUUGACAUGGAGGUUGAGGUACAAAGCAAAAGUCAGCUUAACCAUGCAACAAAUGGCCAGAAUGGUGUAAAGCACAAAGAAGUCCUGGAUGAAGGAGAAGUUGCCCAGGAAAUACGCUAUCUUGACGAGGUGCUUGAGGCCAACUGCUGUGACACCGGAGCUGAGAUGACUUCAAAUGGAACUUAUUCCCCUGUGCUCCAAGCAAUAUGUGUUGAUGGAAAUGGGCCAUCUGUUCACGUUUCAGAUGGGUCGUCCUCAAUAAGUCAUGACGUAGUUGUAGAAGGAAAACAACAGACCACCUAUGUUGAAGAAAAUCUGAAUAGUUCCAAACCAAAUGGUCAUCCAGGGAUAAUGGGUGAUGAGUACAAUAGGUCACCUGAUAAUGAAACAAUCAAGAAAGAGGCCCGAUUUGAGCUCCGUCCUUUCUAUGAAGAGAAAAAGCCAUCUAAGCUUUUUGACACACCAACAGAGAAAGAAAUAAGGGUGAAAAAGGUCAGGCCUUCAGAGGAGAUUGCAGAGCUGGAGAGAGAACGCUUGGAGCUCAUUCGCGAUCAAGCAGUCAAGAAAAAUCCAGGAAUUGCAGCAAAGUGGUGGAACCCACCACAGGAAAAGACACUAGAGGAGGAGCUGGAACCAGAAAAAUUAGAGUCUUUAAGAAGAUAUGAAGAGAGGAAGCAGAAGAGACCUGAAGCAAACCGAGUACCACAACCGUCCACUAAACAAACUGUCUCCUUUUUCCAGCCUGAAAUGGGAAAUAAGGAGGACAUUGUGGUUCAGGGGAUUGAUUUUUCUGCAGCCCGCCAACAGUUUCUUCAGAUGGAGCACAGUAAGCCACAACAGCAACAGCCAGGCACAAAAAGAAGUGUCUCUCCCCAGAUAUACUCUGCCAAACCAUUCUCCAGAACGUCUGAUAUUGAUAGGUCAAGCAGCACCAUUACAGUCACCAGCCCUGGUAGAGUCACCGUGGAGGAUGGUGGUGAAAUGAAUCAUGUCAAAAUUGAAAGGGUGUUUUGUAGUUCUGGAGAUUCUCCCAUACAAAGUAGGGACAGUAUGUCUGACACUGAAGUUAAAAAUGAUGACUUCACCUGUGCCCGAGCAGUGAUGACUAUCCUAAAAGAUGAAGACUCUGAAUUGCACCAGCGAUCCAUUAACACUUCCUGUCAUCCAGAGGAGCUAGACUCUGGAUUGGAUGACCUAUCUCUUAGAUCUCAGGAUACCACUAUGCUGGAGACUUUGUCCAAUGAUUUCAGCAUGGAUAACAUAAGUGACAGUGGUGCCUCCAACGAGAUCAUGAGCGCAUUCUUGGAGAACUCUCUUGGUGACUACUCUUUCCCAGCUACUCCACUGGCUACAACACCUAUAAAUGGGAAGCUGGAUGGCAACAUAAAAUCACCAUGUUGUCCGUAUCAAACAGACAGCUUGACAGAGGACGAACUUGAAUACCAUGCAGGUGUCCUGGUCCAAAAUGCCAUCCAGCAAGCUAUUGCACAUCAGACCAACAAAUGGGAACCACUCCAGGCUAUGCAGCAGUCAUCCCCAAUCCCAGAGCGACAAGAAGAAACUUCAGAACCUUCACCGGUGACCCUUGAAGAGAAAUCUCCGUACAUACCACCUGAUCCAGAGCCAUCCUCUGUGGAAGAGGAGAAAAACGAAGCUCCUACAAUUACUGUACAGGUCCCUACAGCUCAGGCAACUUCAGUCAUUACAGUGAAUGCUUACAGCCCCCCAAGUCCUUCUCCUCCACCAAGUGAGAAGCCAGAGUUCAGCUAUUUCAGUAAGUACUCAGAGGCAGCAGAGCUCCGAAGCACAGCAUCUGUGACUGCUGCACAAGGCACAGAAGUCACAGCAGGUCCUUUCAAAUUACGCUCACGCAAGCAGAGGACUCUGUCCAUGAUUGAGGAAGAGAUCCGAGCUGCCCAGGAACGGGAGGAAGAGCUUCGUCGGGAACGGCAAGCUCACAUCUUGCGUCCCGGCAUCAAUCCCAUUCACAAGCAAAAGACCAACAGCCUUCCAGCCAAACUAGUCCUUGGUGGGAAGACAGCUCCAGGUAAAAUUGAAAAGAUCCGUGUUGCCCCGCCAGUAUCUCCAGCUUCUUCAGAAGGUGCACUCCCAUCCCCUGUUUCUGAUCUUGGGAGUGAUGACUCAGGCGGAAGCCAGCGGCCUAAAAACUUCAUGCAGACCCUAAUGGAAGAUUAUGAGACACACAAAGUCAGGCGUCGGGAGAAGGCUGAGGACAACAGUUAUGUGCGUCUAUUGCUCGCUAAAGAUGUUACAUCUGAGGUUUUAGAGGCGACGCGCGUCACUCGCAGGAAAAGUAACAUGGCUCUACGAUGGGAGGCGGGAAUCUAUGCCAACCAGGAAGAAGCUGAGGAGGAAGAGGAGGAAGAGUAAAGCCAGCACCCUAUUGUAAACAACAGGAAGAGUGAAAGGAAAUCAAAAGUAUGUUGGAGAAAACCAACCGAGUAUUUAUGCGGAGUAUAUGUAUAUUGCAGGAACAAGUAAUCAUUGGAUCUCCAAAUGAUGACUGCAGAAGAUCAUCCAGUCGUGUAGUGGGAUCUGUGGAAAGGUUCUCACUAAAAACUCAAGCGAGGACAAUUUGGCAUCCAAAUAUUAUUGUGCUUUCUGUCUCUCUUUUGUUUCGAGCUUCUUCUUUUUUUUUUUUUGUUCAGUUGAUGUGUGCAGUACUUUUGGGACAUGUGCAAAGAAAAUGCUUAUUUUGGAUUUUUGGAUUGCUUUCCAUUUUGUAUAGUUGAGUAUAUGAAAUGGUUUUGAAUUGACCAUGCCAAGUGAUCCAUGUAUGGGUUUUUAAAGUGGUUUAGGAAAGAGGGUGCUGUGAAGUAUCUCUAUACAUUAAAAAAAAUAAUUUUGUAUUCAAAUGGGAGCACUUGAUUUAGUUGAAAGAAAAGUGGUGUGUGUUGUGGGGAAAUUAUGAUGAGGAUUGUCCCCAGUUUAUCAGGUAGAGUGGGUUAUGCCAGUUUCAGUCCUUUUUUUAAGCCUCUGAGGAGAUGAUUUGGGAAUAGACAGUCACAAAUGCAGCUUAUGUUAUUUAUAUUAGAGCAUAUUAGCACAACAUACAUACUGUAUAGCACAAUAGGUAAUUGGUGUACACAUAAUUCAGUCCACUGAAAAUAAAACAGUGGAGUGGGGAUUUCUUUUUAGAGACAGAAAAUGAAAGUAGGGCAGAGAAUGGUUUGGCUCGAAGACUUGCGUCAGAACACGUAGUAGAACAAGUGUAGUGUUGUCCAGGUUUGUAAAUGCACAAUAGUAUUGAUGACAUUAACAUCAUAAGAUGACAUUAACAUCGAGAAAUAAUAAGGUUGCUUUUUAGCAGCCAGGCCAGACAGGAAAUAUAUAAAGGAAUAAGAUUCAGGCUGCCACUAUACUGUGGUAAAGAGCAACCCCAACCACCUAAACUAAAUAGCAGAUGUGUUCUACAUAUACUGUUUCAGUUCAUGUAUUUCCACUUUAACCAAUUCUCUUUUGUAUUGUGUGGCUGGACACAACAAUCUUAUACUAUGUAUGUUAUCAUAUGUAAUAGAAUGUAGGUAAGAUAUAUGGAGUUAAUUGAGUACAGUCAGAGUUGCCAGAUUGAGAUGAAUGUAGCCAGUUUAAAACAACCAUCUGCUGGAUAGUUUUUCUACAGUAGAACAAUUCAUGAACGAAGUCCCCCAAUCUGGCAACACUGUGUGAGGACAGUGUGCUGUGCACCAUAUACAAGAGUUAUGUAUUAGCUUGUGUAAAUGAACGGGACAUGAUAAGGAAAUAGCAAUACAGGUGUUUAGAGGUAUUAUCAAUGAAAAAUGAAUUCCUUAUAUACCAAAACACUUUAACCAAUCCCUCUCUCUGAAGUUUUAUAGUAAGUAAACACUUUAUCACUGAGCUAUAUGAACUGUUUCUCUUUUAUACUGUGUAUUUGCCUUGUUUUAGCGGAUUUGAUUAGAAUGUGUAAAUGCAAUGCAGUGAAACAAAUGUUAUACGGAGUCUUUGUAGAUAAUUUUUAUACAUUUGAAAGUGGAAAGUGGGAAAUGAUGUUUUUUAACUGAAAAAAAAACAAACAAAAAAAAACACCAGCAAUUUGAAGCAUAAUUAGAAAAGCACCGUCAGAUUCGACCGUCCAGUUCGAUGGUGGACUCGGAUGCACACCGUCAGUAAGAAGAAGAAUUCAUUGCAGUGAACAAAUCAGCAACAUUAUUCGAGAAAUGUUCAUGAGACACUCUCUUCUCUCACACUCACUCUCUCAUCACUUCUUGAUGUUAGCUCUGGGGUCUCAACCCACAAGGAAUAACGCUAUGGAUUUUAUUCCUGGAAGGACUUAUAUGACAAGAACACUAAUUCAGGAGACUUUCACUUUUCCAUUUUCUUUUAUAUACUUAUAGUAUAAUACAUGGAAAUGCAGUAUAUAAUACACUGCCUGUCAUAAUAUAACAAAUAUGUGUUUUUAGAUGGUGGGCACCACUGUGAGUGCAAAAACCAUCUUUUUCUUUAAGACUGCAUCCUGUGAUGUGAAGAGACAAGACAAAAAUCUGUACUGAAGUGACAUUGUUGAUUCGAUGGUGACAAGCUUCAAAAGCAUUUCAUUUGCUGAACUUAUCUCAUAGAUCAGGAGUCUUCAAUCUUAUCCAUGGUGUAGUUGACAUUUCAUCCCAACCAAGCAGGAGCCACAGCUGAUUUCACUCGUUUAAUCAGUUCACCUAGUGUGCCUCCAAGUUGGCUGUAAAGAAAGCCUGCAUCCAAACAGAUAACAUUGAAGAUCCUUUGUUCCAGUAAAGUUAUAAUAUCAUGAUCGUGGAUUUGGACUGUGUGCUAUAGAGGUCUGGCUGGAUCUGACAGUAAGCGAUGAAUUAGGAACAUCAUGUUGAAAGACAUGUUUCUUAUUAAGAUAUUCCUUUAUGACCUGGUCAGUAAGCAGGUGUUCUGAAUGAUCUAAGAGGGAAAUAUUUUUUCUUUGUGCAGUGAACUAUUUACAGUGUAUCUUUGAAUGGAAAAUAGUUUUAUGGAGGAUGGCAUUUUAUUACCAUGUAUGUGCAUUUUUGCAAGAUAUAGCCUUUUGUGUGCAUUUGUGUGAGUGUGCAUGUGUGCUUGUGAGCAUGGGCGUGUGUCCGUUUUUAGAGUUCCAGAAAUAUAUGCAAAAGUCUUCAGGACAUCCUGACCAUCCUGAGUAGCAAAUUGUACGCUAAUCGAUCGCCAUAUAUACAUACGAGCAGUUUUGAGUAGAUAAAUAAAAUUCAUCAAGAAGUGUUUUUCAAGCCUUCAGGUGGUUUGGUGUUGAAGCUUGGAUUUUUCCAAAGAUGUGCUUUCUUACAAAGUCUGGAAACAAAGCAGCCGUUUGCUUUAUUAUGACCUGAGGCUAUGUUAUGUAAAAAAAAAAAAAAAGUGUAGUGUAAUAGAAAAUAGGGCAGCAAAGGAAAACCUAAAAGGGCAGACAAGCUCUAUAAUACAUCCAAUUAUUAGCAAUGAGUUUGGAGUGCAUUUGACUUUUUUCCAGUGCAUGAUAUUUAUAUGGGGGAGCUUCUGAUCAAACCAGUGGAUCUAAAACAGUCAGAACUACAGAAAAAAUGAUUCUUUUCUAAAAUUGUUAGAUGCCCCCCCUCAGUCCACAGGUACAGAUAGUUCAUAUAAGUACCUUUAAGAUUUAAAAUGACGCUUAGAAAUACGUUAUUAUUUUUAAGAAAAUGUUCACACAAUGUUGCUCUGUUUGCGAAUAUACUCUUUAAAAUUGGAAGCCACUUAUUUUUGCAAGUAGCUUUUCCCUUUUCUUUUUUUUUUACUUGUGAAGUGGCAAAGUGUUCAUUUUUUUUUUUUAAACUUCUGUUAAUUCGUUAACCACUUAUUGUAUGUUAAUAUAUUCUGCUUAUGUUGUUUUAUAGUAAUUGUAAGGCUUACACUUAAACGCAUAUAUAAUUAUUUUCUCAUUAAAAACAAAAUGCAUAAA